AUGACUGGCACACUUUAUAAUAUCGCAAUGGAGACAGUCAGGUUUUUGGAACUCUUUAGCGGCAUUGGAGGCAUGAAGUAUGCCUUUUUCUAUGCCCUGCGCACACAUUUUAACCAUUUGGUCCCGCAUACGCAGGAUUCCACAAAUUUUUGUCAUUCAUGUCCAUCUUUUAGAUCAUUUUGCGAUGGUGAUGGUUUUCGCUCGGUAGACGAGCUGUCUCAGUCCGCGGAAGAAGAUGCGGGUCAUAAAGCUACACAUUUGCACUCAAUGGACGAGUUAAGCUUUGAUUACAUGAGUAUAGACAUCAAUAACGUGACAAAUGAGGUACUGGAGUACAAUAUCGACUCGUUUGGAGUCGAGAAGAAACACAAGGCCAUCAGCCUGGACAUUAACGCACUCGAUUUGGGCUUUUUCAAUGAGAAUGGACGGUUCCAUGUGUGCGCAAUCUCUCCUCCAUGCCAGCCUUACUCCAGGAGGUCGCCCAGUGAAUUGAGUCUCCAGGGCGGCGGUAGUUUGGAUGUCUGUGGCGAAUUUAUGGAUGAAUCCACUCAUUCUUUAGGCACAAGAGACGAUUUAAAGACGUCUACAACUCAAGGAACCGCUCAAGAGAACGAGAACUCAUCCUCUGAACCCACAGCCAAAUGUACAGAAAUGGGCACUGCAGAGGGGAUUUGUGAGCGCAUCAAGGAGAUUGAAAGUGCACCAAACUUUGACGGUAGAAGGGCGCCAAUUUUGAGGAUAACAAGACUCAUUCUUUCUACAGACCCAGAGAAGCUACCGCUUUACAUUUUCCUGGAAAAUAUCAAGGAAUUUUACCAUUCGGUAGACUAUCGCAUUUUUAUCGCAGCUUUGAGAAUCAGAGGCUACAAGGUGCUCAGCUUUAAGCUCUCAACGUUACAAUUUGGCUUCCCAAAUGAGAGGACUAGGCUAUACAUUACAGCAAAACUUGAUGGAUUCCCAGAGUACCUACGCCACUAUGGACCUCUAGACCUCAUUACCGAACUCCCAAAUAGUUUCUAUGAGAGAUAUGGAGUAAGAAAGGAGGCUCUGGUAAAGGCACCGAUUUUGGAAUUUUUAAAUGAGGAGAAUGAUGCGCACGAUUCCAUCUUCAACAUCCCCGAGUCCAUACUAGCAUGCAGAAAGUCACUCUCCUUUGACAUUGUCUACAAGGAUCCAACCUAUAAAGGGAGAAGCUAUACAAUGUGCUUUACCAAAAACUAUGGCAGAUUCAUCAACGGAACUGGGAGUGUCUGGUGUUUUGGUGGACCUGAUCCAGAGAGCUAUAAAGAUGACAACAGGCUAGAAAACCUUGCGGUAUACAGCAACUCGAUACGCUACUUUAGUCCUAAAGAAGUUGCUAGACUAAUGGGAUUCAGGGUUGAUGAACAAAAGUUUGCCUUUGUUCCAUUUCUCACAUCUCUCGACUGUGCAUGCACUAAUGGUGAUAAAGAUGGAUACACAUCGCUAAAGUUUCCAAGGAAUUUAUCAAACAAACAGCUCUAUGGACUGCUUGGAAACUCUUUAAAUCCACAAGUUGUGGCCACCUUGUUUCUGGCAACUGGCCUCUUUAAUGUUUUAUAG